CACCACCACCGCCGCCCGGGGCGGAGUGGAGACUUCUUCGGGGCGCCGGGCCACGGAGAGCGAACGGCCGGGCGCUGGGGCGGCGUGGCGGGGAGACACCCCCGCCGACAGCCGCGCUUUUCCCUUCCCCGAAAGCAGACCUUGGUUUUAGACAGCCCCAUUCCUGACUAUUGAAGGAAGCCAAGCCUUCAGGGACCCCCCAUGAGGACACAGACUCUCCUGCACUGAGAAUGGGGACGACAAGCGAGCCGAUGGGGUCCGUGGAACAGUCCUGCUCGUCCUCCUCCUCCCUCAACCCCCUGUGCUUCGAGUGUGGCCAGCAGCACUGGACGCGAGAAAACCACUUGUACAAUUACCAGGGCGACGUGGACGAUGACCUCGUCUGCCACAUCUGCCUUCAGCCCCUGCUGCAGCCGCUCGAUACGCCCUGCGGACACACGUUCUGCUACAAGUGCCUCAGAAACUUUUUGCAAGAGAAGGACUUCUGUCCGCUGGACCGCAAGAGACUGCAUUUCAAGUUGUGUAAGAAAUCUAGCAUCCUAGUUCAUAAACUUCUAGACAAAUUGUUAGUGUUGUGUCCAUUUUCUUCAGUGUGCCAAGAGGUAAUGCAACGCUGCGAUCUAGAGGCACAUCUUAAAAACAGAUGCCCUGGAGCCUCGCAUCGGAGAGUUGCUCUAGAGAGAAGGAGCAUCAGCAAAACGCACUCAGAGCUUGAGAGUGAAGGUGGAUCCGUCCUAAUAGACCCCGCGGGUAGUUCGCCACCAGACACGGAUUGCCUGGGCUCGGAGACGGGUACUGUGCCUCCUGAGCGAAAUCUAACAUCUGCACCACUUCCUGGGUGGACCGAGGAGCCUGGCCUGGACAAUCCUGCCUUCGAGGAGAGCGUCGGGGCAGACACUAUUCAACAGCCACUUAGUUUACCAGAAGGAGAAAUCACCACCAUUGAGAUCCACCGGUCUAAUCCAUACAUUCAGCUAGGAAUUAGCAUUGUUGGUGGCAAUGAAACACCGCUGAUUAACAUUGUCAUCCAGGAAGUCUACCGGGAUGGGGUCAUUGCCAGAGAUGGGAGGCUCCUGGCCGGAGACCAGAUUCUUCAGGUCAACAGCUACGACAUCAGCAAUGUGUCCCACAACUACGCCCGGGCUGUCCUUUCCCAGCCGUGCCCCUCGCUGAGCCUCACCGUGCUGAGGGAGAGGCGCUUCGGCAGCCGGGCGCACGGCCCCGCCGACGGCGCCUCCCCGCGGGAGGACGUCUUCCAGGUGCUUCUGCACAAGCGGGACCCUGGGGAGCAGCUUGGCAUCAAAUUGGUCCGGAGGACAGAUGAGCCGGGAGUUUUUAUCCUUGAUCUGCUGGAAGGGGGGCUGGCAGCCCAGGACGGCAGGCUCAGCAGCAACGACCGGGUCCUGGCCAUCAACGGACACGACCUGAAGCACGGGACCCCCGAGCUUGCCGCCCAGAUCAUUCAGGCCAGCGGGGAGAGGGUGACCCUAACAGUUGCUAGAGCGGGGAAGCCUCAGUGUGGCGGCAGCACCCGAGAAUCUGGGGCUCACAGCGUCAGCCAGCCCCCCACACAGCCGCCCUCCCACAGCAGACCAAGCUCACAUAAGGAUCUCACUCAGUGUGUUACAUGCCAAGAAAAGCACAUUACUGUGAAGAAGGAGCCACACGAGUCCCUUGGAAUGACAGUCGCAGGAGGCAGAGGGAGUAAGAGUGGUGAGCUGCCCAUCUUUGUGACCAGCGUGCCACCUCACGGCUGCCUUGCGCGAGAUGGCAGAAUCAAAAGAGGCGACGUAUUGUUGAACAUCAAUGGCAUUGACCUGACCAGCCUGAGCCACAGUGAGGCCGUAGCCAUGCUGAAGGCCAGCGCUGCUUCCCCGGCCGUCGUCCUCAAAGCGCUGGAGGUCCAGAUUGUGGAGGAGGCAGCCCAGGCCGCGGACGAGCAGCCAGGUGCUUUGAGUGAGAAUGAGUAUGACGCCAGCUGGUCCCCGUCCUGGGUCAUGUGGCUUGGCCUGCCAAGUGCCCUUCAUAGCUGCCGUGAUAUAGUUUUGCGAAGAAGCUACUUGGGCAGCUGGGGUUUUAGUAUCGUCGGUGGUUAUGAAGAGAACCACACCAGCCAGCCUUUCUUCAUCAAAACCAUUGUGCUGGGGACUCCUGCCUACUAUGACGGAAGACUGAAAUGUGGAGACAUGAUCGUAGCUGUAAACGGCCUGUCGACUGUGGGCAUGAGUCACUCUGCGCUGGUUCCCAUGCUGAAAGAACAGAGAAACAAAGUCACACUGACAGUUAUUUGUUGGCCUGGCAGCCUUGUCUAGCUUGUGAAGUUGCUUUCUAGUUUUGCUUCUUGCUUCAUAGGUUUUUGAAAGAAACCCCUUUGGUGUCAUUGUUUUUCUGUGUAUUAGGAGCUCCUGGCACAGCUGGUAGCCACAGGGCCAAAAACCACCAAGAGCAACCUUUUAGGAUUACUUAAAUGGUUUCCCAGCAUUCGCUACAUUUCCUUUAGGUUGGAAGCAGUCUUCCACUCGCCCUGGUGUGUGUAUUUGCGGAACGCUCUCGGUGGUCAUAAGAUUGACUGUCGUAAAGAACGAAGCCCACUCCACCUGUGACCCAGCGAUCUGAAGUGGGCGGUUCUUUGUGUUCAGUGUCUCAGUCAUAAAAUGAGGUGUCCAUCACCCAGCACUGGUGUCCGCCCAGCCACCGGCCACGGCACUUCCUGUCCUUGUCACACACAGGGCCACAAGCAGCAUGGGUGACCACCACUGCUCACUUUCAUUGGUGCCAACAUUUCAAAACUUCAUAUUGUUUAUAAAGUGAAUUUCUGGUUUAUUUCUACUUUAAUCUUCACUACUCCCGAUGAAGACCUAAAUCUGACACCACCGAAGAGAUUUUAAAAAAAUAGUAAUAAUGCACUGUUAUGAGACUAGUAGAGAAUAAAAGAUAAUGUUAUCCAGGGACAGAAGAGCCCAGGAAGUAAUUACAGCUCAGCGCUGGAGAUAGUAAAGCUGCCAUUGCUGGAACAGUCCCAGAGCAGUAAAGAUUCAUUUUCAAAGGAAUGUUUUGCUACAUAGGAAAAAUUUGAAGGCGUUUUUUGCUAAAAAUCAUUUCUAGAGUUUAUAUUAUAUUUAUUAGCAAUCUUGUCAGGAAAUGUUUUUGUGAUUUAUGCAAUUAAACUAGAUGAUAAAAACCAUAUUGCUAUUAAACACGUGCGCAUGCACACAUUGCAGCUAAGUAGAAGGGAGACCUUUUCAUUUUGUUCAGAAAGGAACCUUUCUUAAGUGUUUUAGAACCUCUUGGUUUCUCAUUAUUUCUUUAAGUAUGAGACCAAAAAGCUCUGUUUCUUUAAAUCUGAACUAAUAGAUUUUUAGAUGUUAAUUUCUUUCAGUCAACUUAUGGUCAUUAGAUUAUUUCAUAUUUUUUAAAUGUUUUUGGAAAUGGUGAUUGCCCUUUAUUCAACACAGCUGUCCUUUGGAGAGCACAUUAAGGAAGUAGGAGAAAAGCAUCUUUACCUGGUGGAUAUUAUAUACAUACUUGAAAAAAGUUUCACUGAGAAACCUAGUUCAGAAUCUGAGCUAAUUUACAAGUGACCUCUGUGAUCAAUGGUAUUGAUAAUCAGAGAAUGUAUUUCAAAGUACUACAGAAUGUCAUGGUGACGCAUGAUCGCUUUGUUUUCAAACUCAGUAGUCACAAUGCCGGGGUUUAUCAUACCUAUGACAUAUCACUGAUUAUUCCAGUCAGUUUUGUAAUGAUUUUUUAAAACAUCUCUUUGGAAUAAGUAAGAAUUGGCAACAGUCAUUGCCUCUCACUUGUUCAGCCCCAUAGCUACACUGUAUGGUCAAUCUGUAGUGAGGAUACAGUGGAACGCCCCAUACAGUAUAUUACUGUUAUGUAGUGAUUGGCUUUUGAAGCAAUUUGAUAUUGAAGUGCUUUGAUACUCUAAUUGACAUGGAGCAGUGUUUUGUUUUGUUUUGUUUUUUCCUGCUCCCCAAAUAGAAUUUUGUAAUCAACUUUGCUAUUUUUUUAAAUACUUUGUAAAAAUGUGUCAUCUCUUUGGGGAGUGGCCAUCCAUCAACAAAUAUCAUAACUACUAUUUUGUGAUAUAUAAGAUAUAUUGAACUUGGCGGUCUAAUGUGCAUUUUGAAAAAGGAAAUUUUUUCAAUAUUAUUUUUCUCAUGAAAAUCUCAGAGUCAGCUUAGCUGUAGAUUUUGUGAGAAAAGAUGAUCAUUUUGGUCAAAAUGAUAUUUGGCGAUGGAAACCUGGUCAUAAUUCGUUACCGUUGGAAUAUUUGGAUUUUUCAUUUAAGCUUUUACAGUUGACUAUUUUGAUUUGUUCUGUGCCUUCAGUUUAAAUUAUUUCAGGGUUGUUUUGAUGUGUUUAAUCAAUGAUGUGAUAAUCAUUCGGGAUGGAAAUAAAUGUUACCCUCUGCA